AUUCGCCAUAGUUGCACAGCAGCGGCAGAGUAGCGGACAGUGACUGCGGAGGCACCUGGACUCACUACAACAUUUAACAUUAAAGACAUGGCUGAGGAUGACGAGGUGACUUCCGAGCAGCUAGCAGCCAUCGCCGCCGAAAAUGAGGAACCAGAGUCGGUGAACUACAAGCCUCCUGCCCAGAAGUCGUUGAAAGAGAUCCAGGAGCUGGACAAGGACGACGAGAGCCUGCGCAAAUAUAAGGAAACUCUGCUCGGUGCUGACAUCGCUGAGACUGAUCCCACUGGUUCGCAGUGUUCCCAUGUCCAGGUGACUCGGAUGACUCUGUUGUGUGAGGCCGCUCCAAACCCCCUGGUCCUGGACCUGCAAGGAGACCUGGAAGCCUUUAAAAACCAGGCAUUUGUUCUGAAGGAGGGAGUUGAAUACAAAAUAAAGAUCAACUUUAAGGUGAACAGGGAGAUUGUUUCAGGUCUGAAGUAUGUGCAGCACAUGUACAGGAAAGGAAUGAGGAUCGAUAAGUCGGACUACAUGGUGGGCAGCUACGGGCCUCGUUCGGCCGAGUACGAGUUCCUGACCACGGUGGAGGAGGCUCCUAAAGGCACACUGGCCCGCGGCAACUACGCCAUCAAAUCCAAGUUCACCGACGACGACAAGCACGACCACCUGUCCUGGGAGUGGAACCUCAACAUCAAGAAAGACUGGAAAGACUAAAAAAAACGAAAAGAAAAGAGGCCUCUGUGUUUUGGCCGCCGUGCUCAUUCCGCCUCCACCUCUCCAUCGCACCCGCCCGCCCACCAACCCCUGCUCUGCGUUCACCAUUCCCAGCCUUGUUUUGUUUUUACACGGUCGUGCAACUUUUCAUGCCUUAUUUCCCGCUUCGUUGUCAGCACUGGUAGCAGCAACAGUAGCAGCAGCAGCAGCAAGCAAACCCCACC